UUGCAAUGAGCACACAUGAAUCUGGGGGCAGUCAUCGUGGUGGCCAUCGCGUGCUUGAUGGACAUGAACGCGCUGCUGGACCGAUUCCAUAACUACAUCCUCCCGCACCUGCGGGGCGAGGACCGCGUCUGCCACUGCAACUGUGGCCGGCACCACAUCCACUACGUGAUCCCAUACGACGGGGACCAGUCGGUGGUGGACGCAUCUGAGAACUACUUUGUGACAGACAAUGUGACCAAGCAGGAGAUCGACCUUAUGCUGGGGCUGCUUCUGGGCUUCUGCAUCAGCUGGUUCCUGGUGUGGAUGGAUGGUGUCCUGCACUGUGCUGUGCGCGCCUGGAGGGCUGGUCGGCGCUAUGAUGGCUCGUGGACCUGGCUGCCCAAGCUGUGCAGCCUGCGGGAGCUGGGCCGGCGGCCGCACAGGCCCUUCGAGGAGCCCACAGGGAACAUGGUGCACGUGAAGCAGAAGCUCUACCACAACGGCCACCCCAGCCCACGGCACCUGUGAGUGCACAGGACUCGGGGCUGCUGUGCACAUGUAAAGGGACCUCGUGGACGCUCAGCUGGCAAGACGGGACUGCGGCCUCAGGCCCAGGGUAUGCUGGGCUGUGGCCAGCUGGGCUGUGGCCAGCAGGCAAAUCCAGUGGAAGGUGCUGUCUCUUCUUUUUAUAAAGGGGGUCGGGUGGGGGCUGGGGUCGGGAUGGCCACUGGGCUUCAGGGACAGCAACCUGGUUUCCACAGUGAGCAGGACACAAAGGCAGGCUUUUAGAGGUGCUGGGGCCAAGGGUGGUGGGUUCACAAUGGGGACAGACAUGGCCUGGGUCAUGCUAGCCUAAGGCCACAUCUCAUUGAAAGCCACUGUUUCCUGUG